AUGGCAGCCAACUUCCUGUCCGCCACCGAGUCCGGCUCGGUCGUCGACAAUGGCUCGCAUCGCUCAUCCGACGACGACAGCUUUGUUCUCCCCAGCUUCGCGUACGAGGUCCCCGACGACGCGUACACUCCCGCUCCAUGGGAGAGGAAGACAAAGCAGGUCCCGCACGACAACCCCCGCGCCGACACCGCCCAAACCGCCAUUGCCCUUCAGAAGACAGUCCGCAAGGAAGACCGCGAUCAUGAUCUGGCCCAGGUUGCGCUCGCUGGGGCCUCGGUGUCAGCGCAGAGGACCGCUACGUCGUCGUCGAACAUGCCUUCCUCCCUCAUUGACAGCACCAACAAACAAGUUACUCAACCCAAACCCCCAGCCAAGCCUACACCCCAGCUCGACCUCCUCACUCAGCUCAUGGUGCAGGAUCUUCCUGGAACGAACGGACUGUCUUCCUCGUCCCCUCCACGCCGCGCGCAGUUGCAGCAGGUGACUCAACCACCCCUUGUGGUUGCCUCCGCUCCCGCCGCUCCGCGGGUCGACGCCCCUUCCUUUGUGUCUCAUCAGCACAACCAGAGUCGUCAACAACAGCACCCUCAGCAGCAAGUCGACAUGAACACUCCCGCUCCUUGGUCUCAGCUGUCUCGUGCUCUGCCUCCUCAUAUGCAGGAUCUGGCUCAGCUUGACAUGGCCCCGUCGCAGCCCAAGCCUGCAGCGAAGACGACCAGCACGCAUGCACAUGGUGCGGACGGCCCCUUCCGCGAUCUGGAAUGUCUCAUGGGCGCUUCUGCACCUGCUCAUCAAACGAGCUCGUCGCUGUCUUUGUCCCCUUUCGUCCUUCCUCGUCAAUCGACUGCGCCUCAGGAGGUGCACUCCUCGCCGCCGUCCUCCGCUGCAACUCUGUACGAGCCCGAUCCCAUGGGCGGUAUGCUUCAGACGCCUUCCUCAUUGGAGCUUUAUCUGCCUUCCUCAUCAGAGGGUCGCUCGCCCUCCUCGCUCGACACCCGCCUGUCGUUCCCGCCCGUGCCCCUUGCGCCUGCCGCGGUUGAACCCCGCGCGCCCUCGCCUCUUCAUUCUUCCGACGACUUCGAUGAUCUCAUUCCCGGCUUACCUUUGUCCUCUCCAUCAUACACACCUCAGCCACAAGCAGAGUCGUCCAAGUACCCUUCAACUUUCUCGUCGUACCAGAACUCCUCACCUGGCUCGCCAUUGACGCUCCCCUCAGCGUUAUACCACAAGGCUCACCCACCCCCUUCAUACCACUCCAACGCCGAGUCCACGUGUCAGCCCAACAUGCUGGUCCCCGACAAGCUUGACUUUGACUACUUCAAGUCGCUCAUGCGCAAGGGCGUCUUUGUGCGCGUUGAAGGCCCCAAGAACAAUCAGCUUCGCUGGACGGGCGAGUCUGCGACCUCGGGCUACUUUGGUCGCCAGGAGUCGUUCAAGGGCCUCGGUCCUGAAGCCUACGAGAAGGCUGCGAGGGCCGCUGGUCUUGACAGGCCGAACUGGGAGUCGCAAGAGUACUUGUGGCGCUCGAUGGACGCUCACCGCUGGCCCGACCAGGGUUGCGUUCCCGAGGACUCGCCGUGGAUCUCGGCCACUAACAAUCUUGAGUGGGCCAUCUGGAGGACCGCCAACAUUCUCACUUCAUCAAGCACGGUCUACAUGACGUUCAUCAGGCCUACUACGGAGCGCCACAGUCUUCCCAAGCCUCCCCGCUACAUCUCGAAGGGCGCGCGUUCGCUGAAGAACCUCAACAAGGGCAACAGCGAGGUUCUUUUCUAUGGGAGGAUCUUUGCCGAGUCCAUUGUCGCUAGGUCUCUUCCCUUCUCGCUGCCUGCCAGGUUCUGGGGCGUGCCGGCUCUUCGUCAGCGCAAGGCUCCUUCUUGGAUUUAUUACCUGCGCUGGGAGGCGAAGAAGCACAAUUGGACCAAGACCAAAGAUCUCUUGCUGGAGUCGGGCAAGCUUGUUGGUUGGCCCACGCAACCUGUGAAGCGUGCUCACUCGUUUGCGUGGCCGCCCAGCUCCGAUGAGGACAGCUCGACCCCGCCCUCCAGCGUCGUGGGUCCCUCGACGCCCGAGCCCCAGGCUCCGUCGCGCGAUAACCAUGAACAGGUUCAAGUCGUCGACCUCAUCGAUUUUGGCCCCGCCGACAACUUCGCGGCCGACAACUCGGACGACGGCCUCCAGCCGCCCCUUCAGCCCGACACAAAGGAGGUCAACCUUGCCAACGCACACUUGUAG